GAACUCAAACAAGGAUGUCGGCUGAGAAGAAAGAGCCAGAAGAGGCCACUGUGGCUCCAAAGCCGGCCGCACCGACAACCACUGCCUCCCAACCCACCCCUGCUACUACAGCUACUACAACUACUACAUCUACACAGAACACACAGCCCAAACCACAGCCGUUGAAACCAAACUACACCCUGAAGUUCACGUUGGCCGGCCACACAAAAGCAGUCUCCUCUGUCAAGUUCAGCCCAAAUGGAGAGUGGCUCGCAAGUUCAUCGGCCGACAAGCUGAUAAAAAUCUGGGGUGCGUACGACGGCAAGUUUGAGAAAACCAUCUCUGGACACAAACUGGGUAUUUCUGACGUGGCAUGGUCCAGUGACUCCCACCUCCUGGUGUCAGCAUCUGACGACAAAACUCUCAAGAUCUGGGACCUGAACUCAGGCAAGUGCCUGAAAACAUUAAAGGGUCACAGCAACUAUGUGUUCUGCUGUAACUUCAACCCCCAGUCCAACCUCAUCGUAUCAGGAUCGUUUGAUGAGAGUGUGAGAAUCUGGGACGUGAAGACCGGCAAGUGUCUGAAAACUCUGCCUGCUCACUCUGAUCCUGUAUCUGCAGUGCAUUUCAACAGAGAUGGUUCCCUUAUUGUGUCCAGUAGCUACGAUGGACUUUGUCGGAUUUGGGACACAGCGUCAGGGCAAUGCCUGAAAACAUUGAUAGAUGAUGACAACCCUCCCGUCUCCUUUGUGAAGUUUUCUCCCAACGGAAAAUACAUCCUAGCAGCAACACUGGACAACACACUCAAGUUGUGGGACUACAGUAAAGGAAAGUGUUUGAAGACUUACACGGGUCAUAAGAAUGAAAAAUACUGCAUCUUUGCCAACUUUUCAGUGACAGGAGGAAAGUGGAUAGUGUCGGGGUCUGAAGACAACAUGGUGUUCAUCUGGAACCUGCAGACGAAGGAAGUUGUGCAGAAACUACAAGGUCACACAGACGUGGUGUUGUGUACUGCGUGUCACCCGACAGAGAACAUCAUCGCGUCUGCGGCGCUGGAAAACGACAAGACCAUCAAACUAUGGAGGAGCGACGUAUGAUGCCCCAACACCUCCGUAGAAUCAUCUCCUG